AUGAAAACUCCUCCUGGCCUCGAAUCUCAAGCUCCUAACAUGGUUUGCAAACUUGAAAAAUCUUUAUAUGGCUUAAAACAAGCCAGCCGCCAAUGGAAUGCCAAACUUUCCCAAACUUUAAUUGCUUUUGGAUAUGAACAAUCCAAAGCUGAUUACUCACUCUUCACGAAGAAAACUCCCUCUGGUUUUACAGUUAUAUUAGUUUAUGUAGAUGAUCUCGUCCUUGCUGGAAGUGACAUUUCUGAAAUACAACAAAUUAAAGCUCUUCUCCAUAAUAAAUUCAGCAUUAAAGAUUUAGGCGAACUCAAGUAUUUUCUAGGAUUUGAGAUAGCAAGAUCUCAAUCAGGAAUCAAUAUGUGCCAGAGAAAAUAUGCUUUGGACUUGUUACAAGACUCUGGUCAACUAGCUUCUAAGCCUUGCAAUACUCCUAUGGAUCCUAGUGUAACCAUUAGUAAGGAAUCAGGUACACAAUUAGCUGACCCUUCAUCUUAUAGAAGAUUAAUUGGUUGGCUACUCUACCUCACGAAUACUAGACCUGACAUAUGUUAUGCAGUAACUAGACUUAGCCAAUACAUGGAUACUCCUACAACUGUUCACCAACAAGCUGCCUAUCGCAUCCUUAGGUACAUCAAAACAGCCCCUGGUCUUGGCCUUUUCUUCCCUAAAGAGUCUGACCUCAACUUAAAAGGAUUCACUGAUUCAGAUUGGGGGGCAUGCCAUGACACACAUAGGUCCACUUCUGGUUUUUGUUUCUUCCUUGGGAGCUCUCUUGUAUCUUGGAAAAGUAAGAAACAAACAGUAGUGUCCCGAUAUCCGCAGAAGCAGAGUAUCGAGCUCUUGCUCAAGGCACUUGUGAAGCACAAUGGCUAUUGUAUCUUCUUCAUGAUCUUCGCAUCGAUCAUCCUAAAGCUGUGGUUAUAUAUUGUGACAAUCAAUCAGCAAUUCACAUUGCUAAUAAUCCUGCUUUUCAUGAGCGUACAAAGCAUAUAG